AUGGCACCUCUCAAUGCGCAGUCAGUGGCUGCUGUUGCCCGGCUCCGUGCUUACCGGUCCCCUGCCUUCCCCUUGUGGAACCGGCUCCCUCUCAGUCGUCGGGCCGCCGUACUCAUACUGCUGUAUGCAGACCGCCAUGGCGACUUGCGCGUUGUCUUGACCAUGCGAGCCGCCAGCCUGCGCAACUAUUCGGGCCAUGCGGCGUUUCCGGGUGGCAAGGCCGACACGCUGGACGAGACACCAGAGCAAAUCGCGCGGCGCGAGGCGUGGGAGGAAAUCGGACUGCCACUAGACGGCCGAGGGAUACUUCCGCAGCAGUUCCGCAUCGAGCACCUAUGUAGCCUGCCCCAUAACCUGGCCAAGACAGAGCUGGUAGUGCGGCCUUGUGUUGCGCUGCUGACCGCUGAGAGAGACACGGCGGAAGCUGAACGGACAGAGGAUCUCCAGAGCGAGGACGCGCGAAGCAUAGACGUCGAGAGGCUCAUACCCCGGCUGGACGCUAAGGAAGUGGCAGCCGUGUUCAGCGCGCCGUUCCACAACUUCCUGUUGGCGACAGACGAGCUGGAGCAGCCGGAGAAGGACAAGGUCAUGGCCGAAGCGAGUGGCAAGACACAACGACUACGGCCACGACUACCGUCGGGGCCCUGGUACGAGGGUGUAUGGGUUGACUGGCACGAGACACCUUGGCGGAUGCAUUACUUCUACGUACCGGUUGUGGGCCAGCGGGUGGCAAAGCCCAAGAAGCGAUUGCGAAGCAGUAGUGCCGGCAAGGCUGCGCCGGCGCAGCAGCAAGAGGCUAGCAGUGGCGACUACGACGACAUCGAGGAAGCACCUGGGCGAUACAAGGUAUGGGGAAUGACAGCGCGCAUCCUUGUGGACGCGGCUCAGCUGGCAUAUGACGAGCGGCCUGAGUUCGAGCACAACGCCCACUUUGGUGACGAGCGCAUCCUCGAAGGCCUCGAACAGAUGGGGCGGCUGGGCGAGAAGCUACGGAAAGAGCUGACCAAUAAGGAUGCCAAGGAUGCGAGCAAAAUGUGA